GGAUUGAUUCCCUGCCCACCCCGCCUGUGACAGUUGUCUCUCGUCUGCCGGCUGUUUUCAACCCAAGGAAGCGGGCAUUGACAGCACAACAGGGAUGUCUGCAGCAAUGGCAAACGCGUUUCUCUCUGUGACAGCUCCUCUGCGACUCUCAAGAGCGUCUAAGUUUGUCUCUCCAGGGGCGGAAGGGGCCACCGACGUCUCCCAGGUCAAUUGCCCACUGUCCUUUGGAGGGGUGAGGGCCACAGAGAGUGCUCUGGGAGCCACAAAAUGUGGCACAGUUGCUGGCAGAGGGCGGCGCUGGGAUUGGGACUCGGCUCGGCAAAGUCUGAGGUGGGAGACGUGUCAGUGUGAGCGAACUGUGAAGGGAGCGACUUGCCUCAUGACUGGGGCACCUCUGAAGACCACCAGUGGGGUUAUGUCGGUGGGUGAUGGAACGCUGACUCAGUUGGGGACAGUCCCCCUAAGGCAGGGAGAGAAGAAACAGAGACACGCAGCAGCUCUCGCAGCAGGUGCAGGUGUGACAGCGGCGGCAGAGCGACCAAUGAGCGCCUCUCCACCAUCUCCAAGUGAGUUGGUUGAUUCCUUGCUGGAUGUGCAGCUGUCUGCUGGAACCUCUGGGACCACUGGAGAGGACGACUUUGUUGGGUCUCCGGGUGCCAUUGCUCUCAGAAGAGAGUGUAAGGAGGCGUUGGAGGGUCUGCGAUGGCCCACCAAUAAGGAUGAAGAAUAUAGGUUCACUGAUCUGAGGUCAUUACUGAAUGAGGCAGUCCUUAGCCAGAUCAUUCAAACUCAGGUCAGGCAGAGUGGUAAUCCGCCAACGACAGAAGAAUCCCGGUCUGGAUUUGAGGCAUUGAUAGAUAUGCCCUGCUGCGAGCUUGAGGAAGCAAGCAGCAGCCGUGUGGUUGUCGUAGAUGGUGUGCUAAGCCCAUCACUGUCUUCGAUCGAAGCAUUUGACGAGGGAGAUGUCAUUGUCGACAGGGCUUCCAAUCUCUCUGAGAUGGCUUACAGCCGGUUUGUGGAACCUCAUCUCGGACGGCUUCACAAAAGUGUCAGCGACAGCGACAGGAAGCUCGACGUCUUUACGCUGAUCAAUGGCGCCGCUGUUAGAGAUGUCACAGUGGUUGUGAUUCCUGACGGACUGAAGCUGCAAGCGCCGAUUCAUAUUGUCUACUACUCAUCCUGUGCGGGGAUAGACGGUGGGGGGGUGAACCUGUCAAAUCCCAGAACACUUGUCGUGGUUGGGAAAGGUGCAGAGGUUGAUGUCGUUGAAGAGUUUGUCGGCGACUCCACAGGAGGGUACUGGUCCAACUCAGUGCUUGAGUGUGUGCUGGAAGAAGGAGCAACACUGCGGCAUGGGUACGUGCAGGAGCAGGCUCGCGGUGCAUUCCACAUCAAGAGGACGGCUGUUACACAGAAAGAAGCAAGCAGCUACUCCGUGGUUGAAGUGGGCAUAGGAGGGCAGGUAACACGGCAUAAUCUCCAGAUCUUUCAGCUGGGACCGGACACAAACACGUCUGUGUCAACGUUCAUGCUCGCUGGCCACAAACAACUGCAUGACCUGCACAGCAGCAUCGUGCUUAAUCAUCCUAGAGGAAAGUCCAAYCAGCUUCACAAAUGCAUCGUUACCGACUCCACMGGGCAUGGYGUYUUUGAUGGGAACGUGAGAGUSAACAGAUAYGCACAGCAAACAGAUGCAGGCCAGCUUAGUAGAAACCUUCUUCUAGCACCACGAGCAACAGUGAAUGUGAAACCGAACUUGCAGAUCAUUGCGGAUGAUGUGAAAUGCACUCAUGGUGCCACAGUUAGUGACCUUGAAGAGGAACAACUUUUCUAUUUCCGCGCUCGAGGAAUCGAUGCAGUUUCUGCUAGAAGUGCACUUGUCUUUUCAUUUGGGGCCGAGGUUUUGGAAGAGUUCCCGUAUGAGGAUUUGGCAAAGAGACUUGAGGGGACUGUGAAGAGAGCGCUUGCCGAGGAGGGAGUUCCAAGUCGUCGUCGUGGUGUGUGAAAACGCCGUGGCUCUGUGCCAUUGUUGAGGGUCAUGACAUUGCUGUGGUCUGCAGUUCUAGGGGAACAAACGGCAUGAGGAGCU